AUGUCCGCUCCACCGCCCCCGACCAACCGCACGCUGGCACGUGUCCUGCGUCGCCGCCUCCCGUCCCGCGCGCCGCCGAGGCCCGCCGGGCCCAGGCGCGGCCCUCCCGGCCCCCGAGUUGCCCCGCGCCGCCCCGCACGACUCUCCGCCGCCGAGCGCCGCCUCCCGCCGCCACACGCCGGCGCGCGCCUCCGCCGCCCGCGCCUCCUCAUCCCCACCGCCGGACCUCCCGCGCCGCCGCAACCCACCUCGGACCCGCGUCGCCCUCCGCCGCCUCGUCACCGGUGCCGCCCCGCCGCCUUCAGCGGCCCCGCCCCGGAGCCGCCGUCCGCGCCUCGCCGCCGACCUCCUCCGGCGACCUCGCCGCCGGCGACGUUCGCCCCGUCCCAGAUCCGGCUGGGUGGGAUGAGAUCCACCCGGUCCCGGACCAAACACGGCCGCCCCAUCCCCGGAUCUCCUCGUCCUGCACCGCUCCGUCCUGAUUCCCCGAGGUCGUUUUUCUGCUAA